GUCUCCUAGCUCAAACUCAAAACUGGUUCAACGAACAAUCGAUUUAAAUUAUAUAAAUAAAAAACGUUCGAAUUCCAUAAAAUGGAUAAUUCUAAAUGCUGUAUUUUUGCUGAUAUUUGCGUAUGACUUAUCAUGUAAAUGUCCAGGAUAUACUUCUAUGUUACAUUAUGUGGAGCUCGUUUGUUCGGGUAUAUUGGCAGCCAAUUUAAUUCAAUAUGCUCUAUCUAUGAUUCCCAAGAGAGCCACUAAACUGCCUCUUUCACGAGACCAACAAAAAUUGCUUGGUCUCUCUAGUGCCGAUUUAGAUUCAUCAUUCAUUUUGACUCAAAGUGAAUGCUCUCGCAUUCGAGCUAGCGAUAGCGACGGUGAGAAGUGGCCGACCUCAGACGCCGACCUGUCGCUGUCGCCGCGCACGUGGCGCGCGUCCGCUUCUCCCCCGUCGCCCCCCUCACCCACCUCGCCCUCGCGCCGAGCCCCCUCGCCAGCUCACUCACAUUCGCCGUCGUCACUCGACGCCGUCGGCGACCAUUUCUUUGCCGACCGCGGCUCGCUCGCCGAUUACUUGCGACACUACGAGGAGCGCGCGAGGGCCGAGUCGGCCGGCGAGGGCGCGGGGCCGGCGCGCGCGGCGCCGCCUCCCGUGUACCAGCUCGCCUCCCCCGACGCCGGACUCGGAAAACUCGAGGAGAGUUCACCGCAGGGAUCUCCGCAAGUGUGGUGGCGACUCGAUCUCGAUCCGCAGCGUCUAACACAGUGGAACCUCAAUCUGCGACUCUGGAUCCACGUCACGAUCCUGGAGCGGCUGGUGCACGAGAUCCGGUCGACGGACGAGGAGCUGGCGCGGCUGGCGCUGUGCGAGGCGGGCGCGCUGCGCGGCGGGCGCGUGCCGCCGGCGCGGCUGCGCGCGCUGGCGCUGCACGUGCCCGCGCUGGCGCCGCUGCUGCCCUUCCUCGAGCCCUUCCCCGACCAGAGCUACGUCGUCCGGCGCAUAGCGGAGUUGGCGCAGGGCGGCUGCCUGAGCGGCUACAGGUGGGACCGCGGCGGCUCCGACUGGGACGCGUCGAAGCCGACGGACGCGGAGCUGGUGCUGCACGUGUUCGCCACGUACCUGGACGGGCAGCUGGCGGGCGGCGGCGGCGCGCGGCCCUUCAGCGCCGAGCACGUGCGCGAGGCGGGCGCGGCGCGGCGGGGGGGCCCGCCCGCCGUCGUGCGCGUGAGUGCGCGGCCACCGCACUACGCGCUGGCUCUGGGCGAGGAGACGCUGGACGUGGGGCGCGGCCGCAACAACCUGCUGCACACGCUGCUGCUGUUCCUGGCGGCGGCCGCGCGCUCGGACCCGCCGGCGCUCGCGCGCACGCACCUCGGCCGGGCCGGCCUCAACAUGCUCUGGAUUAUCGGCCGCUAAUCGUCGAUCCUUUUCGUACAAAUCUAUUGCGAUGUUUUUUUAUCGCUUUUGGACUUUGAAUAUAUUACAGUAUUUUGA